UAGACCAGAUUUGACAGUACAAAAUGUCAAUUACAUCACGUUGAAGAAGAUUUCGUUUGUUUACUACUUUCUGGAAAUAUCUUUGUGAAUUACGCUUGUGAAAUCAGUUAAAAACUAUGACCUCCUCUAUUAUCCUUGCCGGGCUAGGGCUAGCUGUGGUAGGAUACGGCGGACGAGCGCUGAUGCGACAAAUGCCGAAUGCAGCAACGAAAAUGCAAGAAGCACUUAAAAACCUUCCCAAGUUCGACGCGGAGAUGAUGGCAAACUCAAAAUACUAUCGUGGAGGAUUCGAUCCAAAAAUGAACAAACGUGAAGCAUCCCUUAUACUUGGCGUGAGCCCUUCGGCAUCGAAAACAAAGAUAAAAGAUGCACACAAAAAGAUUAUGCUGUUAAAUCACCCGGAUCGCGGGGGUUCGCCUUAUUUGGCAGCCAAAAUCAAUGAAGCAAAAGAUUUCCUGGAUAACACGAAGUAAAUGGUUGCAUGAUGCAAAGUGGCCGCAAAAGCAAAUGAAUAGAAUUAUGACCUAUGUUAAACCACAAAUUUACAACCAUUACAUCUACUCAAUUGUGUUCUACCGGACUACGGUAGUGCAACACUUGACUAUCGUGAUGUAAUUCAUCUUAUGUUGUCCAAGGGUUUUAACUGCGAGUGAUUUUCUUUAUGAUAGGAUAAAAUAGUAGAAAAUAUAGGAGCAAAGCUUAAAAAGAAAGCCAUUCUAAAUGUAAAUAAAAAUCUGUAAUAUACCGGU